AUGUCAAAUCAAGGAACCAAAAAGGGCUCUUCUGACAAUUCCUCCGGCGCCGGCGCCGGCGGCAGCCAAGCGGUAAAAUUCGCCCGAAGAACGGCGAGCGGACGGUACGUAAGCAUGUCGCGGGAGGACCUCGACAUGUCUGGCGAAUUCUCCGGCGGCGGCGAUCACAUGAACUACACCGUCCACAUUCCACCGACGCCGGACAAUCAGCCGAUGGACAACUCCGUCGCCGCCAAGGCGGAGGAGCAAUACGUAUCGAAUUCGCUAUUCACGGGCGGGUUCAAUAGCGUGACCCGCGCCCACCUCAUGGACAAGGUGAUCGACUCGGAGGUCACGCAUCCUCAAAUGGCCGGGUCGAAAGGCUCGUCGUGCUCGAUGCCGGCGUGCGACGGGAAGAGCAUGAAGGACGAGCGCGGCAACGACGUCGUCCCGUGCGAAUGCCGCUUCAAGAUAUGCCGCGAUUGUUUCCUCGACGCGCAAAAGGACACCGGCCUUUGCCCCGGGUGCAAGGAGCCGUACAAGUCCGGCGAUCUCGACGACGACGUCCCGAAUCACUCGGGCACGCCGUUGUCGUUGCCGGAUCCGAAGAGGGAUCGUAACAAUAUGUCCGUUAUGAGAAGGAACCAGAACGGCGAGUUCGAUCACAACAAGUGGUUGUUCGAAACACAGGGGACUUACGGAUACGGCAACGCCUAUUGGCCCCCGGAGGGUGGCGCCGGGGGCGGGGGCGAGGGCGAGGGAGGGAUGCCGAAGAGCAUGACGGAUUCGGAGGAUAAGCCGUGGAGACCGCUUGCUAGAAUCAUCGAAAUCCCGACUAGUAUCCUUAGCCCUUACCGGCUUUUGGUCGCGCUUCGACUAAUUUUGCUGGUGUUCUUCUUGGCCUGGCGAAUCAGGCACCCGAACACGGACGCGAUGUGGCUGUGGUACAUGUCCGUGAUAUGCGAGGUGUGGUUUGCAUUCUCGUGGAUCUUGGAUCAGCUGCCGAAGAUACAUCCGAUCAACCGGGAGACGUAUUUAGACGUGCUCCGCGACAAGUUUGAGAUGCCCUCGCCUUCGAAUCCCUCGGGGCGAUCGGAUCUUCCCGGAAUGGAUCUAUUUGUUUCGACUGCGGAUCCGGAGAAGGAGCCACCGCUCGUCACGGCCAACACUAUCUUAUCGAUCCUAGCUAUCGAUUACCCUGUCGAGAAACUCGCUUGUUACAUCUCGGACGAUGGAGGCGCGCUCCUCACGUUCGAAGCCAUGGCCGAGGCCGCAAGCUUCGCCGAUUUGUGGGUGCCGUUUUGUCGGAAACAUGAUAUCGAGCCUCGCAAUCCUGAGACGUACUUUAGCUUGAAAGGUGACCCGACUAAGAACAAGAAGAGGAUGGACUUUGUGAAAGAUCGGAGGCGAGUUAAGCGCGAGUACGACGAAUUCAAAGUGAGGAUCAACGGAUUGCCCGAUUCGAUCCGAAGAAGAUCGGAGGCUUUCAACGCGAGGGAGGAGAUGAAGAUGAUCAAACACAUGAGGGAAAAGACCGGCGGCGAAAACGUCCCCUUAGAACCGAUCAAGGUUCAAAAGGCGACGUGGAUGGCUGACGGGAGCCAUUGGCCGGGUACUUGGGCAUCUCCGUCGCGCGAUCAUGCCAAAGGCGAUCACGCCGGAAUUCUCCAAGUGAUGUUGAAGCCUCCGAGUAGCGAUCCUCUCUUCGGAAGCCCCGACGACAACUUUUUGGACUUCACCGAUGUAGACAUUCGCCUCCCUAUGUUCGUGUACAUGUCGCGGGAGAAACGCCCCGGCUACGACCAUAACAAGAAAGCCGGCGCGAUGAAUGCUCUCGUUCGUUGCUCGGCUAUAUUGUCGAAUGGUCCGUUCAUCCUCAACCUCGACUGCGAUCACUACAUAUAUAACUGCAAAGCCGUCCGCGAAGGGAUGUGCUUCAUGAUGGAUCGAGGCGGCGAAGAUAUAUGCUACAUUCAGUUCCCGCAACGGUUCGAAGGGAUCGAUCCCUCCGACCGGUAUGCCAAUCAUAACACCGUCUUUUUCGACGGUAAUAUGCGAGCCCUUGAUGGUCUUCAGGGACCGGUUUAUGUUGGGACGGGAUGCAUGUUCCGGCGAUUCGCGCUUUACGGCUUCGAACCGCCGAAAGUCGACCCAAAGCCUAACAAAGACACCGAAACCGAAGCUCUAAAAACUACGGAUUUCGAUCCCGACCUCGACGUGAACUUAUUACCGAAACGGUUCGGGAACUCGACGUUGCUCGCGGAGUCAAUCCCGAUAGCCGAGUACCAAGGGCGGCCGAUCGCCGAUCAUCCGGCCGUCAAGUACGGGCGACCUCCCGGAGUUCUACGUGCUCCGCGCGAACCCCUCGACGCGCCGACGGUCGCGGAGGCCGUCUCGGUGAUAUCGUGUUGGUACGAGGAUAAAACAGAGUGGGGCGACCGAGUCGGGUGGAUCUACGGAUCGGUGACGGAGGACGUCGUGACGGGGUACCGUAUGCACAACCGCGGCUGGCGGAGCGUGUACUGCGUGACAGCGAAGGAUGCUUUCCGGGGAUCGGCGCCGAUCAACCUCACCGACCGGCUCCACCAGGUGCUCCGGUGGGCGACGGGCUCCGUUGAGAUCUUUUUUUCGAAGAACAAUGCAUUUCUUGCGACGAAGAAGCUGAAGUUUUUACAGCGCCUGGCGUACCUCAAUGUCGGAAUUUAUCCAUUCACGUCGAUGUUUUUGCUCAUCUACUGCUUCCUGCCGGCGCUGUCGCUGUUCUCCGGCCACUUCAUUGUUCAGACGUUGAACAUUACUUUUCUGGUUCUGCUUUUGUCGAUUUCUCUGUGCCUGAUCGGACUGGCGAUUUUGGAGGUGCGGUGGUCGGGGGUGGCGCUGGAGGAGUGGUGGCGGAACGAGCAGUUCUGGCUGAUCUCCGGCACGAGUUCGCACCUGGCGGCGGUGGUGCAGGGGCUGCUGAAAGUGAUCGCCGGAAUUGAGAUUUCGUUCACGCUGACGUCGAAGGCCUCCGGAGACGACGAGGACGAUCUGUACGCGGAGCUGUAUUUGGUGAAAUGGACGUCGCUGAUGAUUCCGCCGAUCGUGAUCGGGAUGGUGAACAUAAUUGCGAUGGUGGCAGCGUUCUCGAGGACGAUCAAUCAGGCGAAUCCGCAGUGGAGCAUGUUCGUCGGCGGCGCGUUUUUCAGCUUUUGGGUGUUGGCGCAUCUCUAUCCUUUUGCCAAGGGGCUGAUGGGGAGGAGGGCGAAGACGCCGACCAUUGUUUAUGUCUGGUCGGGGCUUAUUGCGAUUACGCUGUCGCUGCUGUGGACGGCGGUUAAUCCUGACGCCGGCGGUGGCGGCGGCGGCGGCGGGUUUACGUUCCCGUAG